AUGAAUUUACCAAUGCAACGGUAUAAUUUCGUACUCAGCUGUAUAUUUAACUAUUUAAAUCGCCGGGAUCUUUGUGUUUGUUCGCUUGUAAGCAAAAACUGGUGCCAAAAUGUCAAGAAAAACAUUUGGAACAGACCGAAUUUUAUUACUGAGGGAGCUACGUCUCUUCAAGCAUUUCAAAAGUUUCUUGAAAUUUUAGGAACAGUUGCAAAUGACCAAACUAGGUCUUUAGUUCAAAUCAUUGAUGUUAGUCAAAUUCAGGAGUCGUUAUAUGAAACUAUCGAUGAAAAUUGGUUGUCAAUAAUUAUUCAACGAUGCCCUAAUCUACGUUCUCUUAUCAUUCGAGAUGCAUCUUUUCUUACAACAAUGUCAAUUCGUAAACUCUGCUCUAGCCUUAGACAACCUCAUGGAUUUCUUGAACAUCUCGAUCUCUCAAAUUCAAAGAAUAUUACAGAAACAACACUCAAAUCUUUAAUUCAGAAUUUUCCAGAACUUGCACAAAUUACUCUUGAUAAUUGUUCUGGUGUUUCUGAUGGUUCUGUUUCUCAAAUUAUAUAUUAUUGCCACGACCUUCAUACCAUCAAUAUAGCGAAUUCAAGAUCUUGUGUUACCGAUACUUCUAUAUUUGCCAUUGCAAAAUUUGGAAAACAAAAAUUGAGACGAGUAAAUUUCCAAUCAUUACAAAAGAUUUCUGAUAAUUCGAUUAUUGCAUUAUCGAAUUACUGCAAAAAUUUGGUCUCAAUAAAUAUAAGUAAUUGUUCUUUGAUUACUUGUAAGGCUUUAGAAAUCCUUCUGACUGCUAAUAAGAACAAUUUGGAAGAAUUAUUUAUUCAUAAUAUGAAAUCAAUUCUAAUACUUGAAAGUUCUAUCGCUGAGCUACUCAUUAGAUGUAUUAAUUUAAAAACACUUUCCAUUAGUCUUGGUUACAUCAUCCCCACAUCAUUCGCUAAUCUCUCUUCUUUUGGAUCCUCUUCAAAGUCUCCACCACCAUAUACAUCUAAAUCCUCCGGUAAUGACGCACAAUUAAUACUUGAUCAGUUUGAACAAUUCCAGAAUUUACAAGUGUUGUUGAUUCACAAUGUACCGGAGCACACAUCAACUGACUUUUUAUGGGAUUUGUUUGAGAGAUGUGGAAGAUAUGGUAAUUGCUCGUUAAAGGAUGUUAAAAUUUAUAGGAAAAGCUAUGAAAGUGAUUUUAUUCUAGGUGGAUAUGCUAAGGUUAAACAAAAUGGUGAAAUAAAUCAAGAAUCCGUUAAUAAUUUUAAUAAAAAUCAUUUAAAUGGUCCAAAGAUUAAGUUAUUGUUGUUAGAAGGAUGA